AAAGCGGAAGGUUCGCAGUGCUUCACGAGUCAGUUCAGUGAAGAGUUUCCUUCCAACAAUUUGGAUUAAAAAGAAAAUUGAAAAAAAAAAAUUAAAAAAAGCUCUACUUAGUUAAAUUAUUUUUCUACUCGUGUGAGAGAAAUCGCCAUGAAACGAUUGGUGUUAUUUUUUGCGGCUCUCGUCGCAGUGACAUUGGCCCAACAGCAAUCGGGAAGCACUCCAAUUCCAAUAAUAAGACAAAGUCAAGAAGGCCCCAAUCCAGAUGGCUCCUAUAAAUGGAGUUACGAGGCGGGCAAUGGAAUUGCAGCCGAGGAGGAGGGGCACGUGAAAAAUGCCGGCUCCGAAAAUGAGGCAAUGGAGGCAGUUGGACAAUUUUCCUACACUGACACUGAGGGAAAUAAAAUUCAAUUGGAAUAUAUUGCAAAUGAGGAGGGUUUUCAACCAAAAGGCGCACAUCUACCAACACCGCCGCCAAUUCCACCAGAAAUUCUCAAAGCCCUCGAAUGGAACGCGGCGCAUCCCGAGGAGGAUAAUAUUGAUUCUCCCAAAAAACAAUAAUUUAAACCCCCCCCCACUCCUCCUCCCUCAAAAAUACCCUUUUUCCACUCAAAAAAAAAUUAAAUUAUAUUUAAAAAUAAAA